UACCCCGGCUGAGUCGGGAGCUAGAACUACACCUCCCAGGAAGCGCCCUGGGGUGUCGUCGGUUUGUUUCCGGAAACGGGGCCCCAGAAAGGUGGGACUUAGGGCUGGGAGCGGACGGCGGCAGCUCUCAAUUGGUCGGGGUCCCAGAUUGACGGUCGCCUUGACUAAUGGGAACAAGUGACUGCCGCAAGGGCCCGCCCACAGAAGGGGAACUAGAGGAGGUGGCGGCAGCGGCGGCGGUGGUGGCUGGACACUGGUCAGCGCGGAGGACUGUCCGCACGCGAAGCUUACCUUUGACCUCUCCCCGCCUGCCUCUGGCUUUGACUUGUGACCCUAGGCUCCUUGGGGCUCCUCUGACCCAGCUAGCCAGACCCCAGACCCAAACCAUGUUCCCGGUGAAGGUGAAAGUGGAGAAAUCAGAGUUGGAGAUGGCCAAGGCCCGGAACCAACUGGAUGCCGUUCUGCAGUGUCUGCUGGAGAAGAGUCACAUGGACAGGGAGCGUCUGGAUGAGGAAGCCGGAAAGACCCCCUCGGACACCCACAACAAGGAUUGCUCCAUCGCGGCCACCGGCAAACGGCCGUCUGCCCGCUUCCCCCACCAGCGGAGGAAGAAGAGGAGGGAGAUGGAUGACGGGCUGGCCGAGGGAGGCCCACAGCGAUCCAACACGUACGUGAUCAAGCUGUUUGACCGGAGCGUGGACUUGGCUCAGUUCAGUGAGAACACGCCACUGUACCCAAUCUGCCGGGCCUGGAUGCGCAACAGCCCCUCAGUGCGCGAGCGGGAACGCUCGCCCAGCUCGCCACUGCCCCCUCUGCCUGAGGAUGAGGAGGGUUCAGAGAUCAGUAACAGCAAGAGUCGUGAUGUGUACAAGCUGCCUCCGCCCACAGCCCCUGGGCCACCUGGAGAUGCAUGCAGAUCCCGAAUUCCAUCCCCACUGCAGCCCGAGACCCAGGGUACCCCCGAUGAUGAGCCCUCUGAGCCUGAGCCCUCCCCUUCCACACUCAUCUACCGCAACAUGCAGCGCUGGAAACGCAUCCGCCAGAGGUGGAAGGAGGCAUCUCAUCGGAACCAGCUUCGUUACUCAGAAAGCAUGAAGAUCCUACGGGAGAUGUACGAGAGACAGUGAUGUUCCCUUGUCCCCCCAAGCCCAAUAAACAUUCUCCUCCUCCACACUGGCCUCUGUUGCUUCAGCCCAUCCUUCCUGGCCCAGGCAUAAAGCAGCUGGCACAGCUUUAGCACAUUUAUUGGGGGAGUGGGCCUGGUUAGGAGUGAGGAGAUGGGGCAGCAGGGAAUUCAAGGAGGGAGAAAGAUUGUGGGGAAUCAGAGUGGCUACUUGGUUGGGUCUUGGAGAAGAAGGGGAGGUGCAUGGAAGGUGGAUUGCCUGGGAUAUGUGAUUGGAGAGUUGGGGGUCA